CGUUAGGUGGCGCUGUGCAUCUACUUUGAAAGUUGUGCAGAAGAUUCAGCCAUUUCAGAUCAUCACUGCGCGUUUUAACUUUGACAAUAAUCUACAAUACGAUAAAGACCCGUAAUUAUCAGUGCAGAUAUAAUCAACACAGUCCUCCAGUAGUUAUAUUGUAUUGUGCUCUCUGUCGAUCUUCAAGCGGUUUUUCAGUGAUUCUUUCAUUCUGUCAGUCUGUUCGACUCUGACACACCCAGAAACAGUUGCGCAGCUCAUCACAAACACUGAUCAUCUUCAGAAACAGAUUGUACUGAAGUUUGCAGCAGUAUGAAGAACAUUUUAUUAUACUUUCUAAUCUCACUGUCCACUGAAGGUGUGUUUGGUGAGUCAUUGUCAGUGAAGGAGGGAGAUUCUGUCACUCUGUUCCCUCAGCUUACUGAAAUAAAGAAAGACGAUGUGAUAGAUUGGAGGUUUGGAGACAUUCUCAUAGCUAGAGUAAGAAAUAAUAAUAAACCCUCAGUGUAUGAGGAUGCUCUUGAUGGGAAAUUCAAAGGCAGACUGAAGCUGGACGGUCAGACUGGAGAUCUCACCAUCACUAACUUCAGAAACACAGACACUGGAGAGUAUGAAGUAUCUAACAUCAUCAACAACUUUAGGAAGACAAUCAGUGUCACUGUUAUGUCUGCAGUUGAAGUGAAGUUAGUAUCAGUGCUGAAGGGAGAUUCUGUCACUCUACACACUGAUCUUACUGAAGUACAUGAAGAUGAUGUGAUACAGUGGAGACACGGAGACACUUGUGUAGCUGAAAUCAAUAAAACAUGUGAUGGUCCUGAUGGGAGAUUCAGAGACAGACUGAAGCUGGAUCAUCAGACUGGAUCUCUGAACAUCACAAACAUCACAACCGCAGACUCUGGACUUUAUGAAGUGAAGAUCAGCAGCAGCAGACGCACCAUAAACCAGAGAUUCAGUGUUACUGUCAUCGUCGGGUUUAUGUUUAUGAGGGAAGGAAGUACUGUCAUACUAAACACUGAUACUGAAAUACAGAGAGAUGAUGAGAUACUGUGGAAGUUUGGAGAUGAAGUCAUCCGCAUUGAUCGCUUUAACAGACGUGUUGACUCCAGAUGGAGAAACAUUUCUGUGAGUGAUAACGGAGACCUCAUCCUCGCUAACAUCCAGAGUGAUCAGUUCGGGGAUUAUGACGUGGAGAUCAAAAACAAAAGCGCUUUGAAGAAAUUACAGUAUAAGGUUAAGGAUGUGAAAGACUAUGUCCUUCAUUAAUACCAGACAGGUACUUAAGUGAACUGUCUGAACGCCCUGAAACAGAACAGCAGUAAUUUAUAGUCACUAUAACAAUGUACACAUACAGAGUUACUGAAGUCAAACCAUUUUUUAAUGAAACUUAUGAGUAAAGACUUUCAUUUGCUUUGACACAAAUAUAGAAGCAUGCUUUGAUUUAUGAUGAAAUUGAUGUAACCGUUUGUACUAAUGCUGAUAUUGCACUAUUCAUAUGUGUAUUUUUUUUUUUUUUUUGCACUAAGAGCCAGUUUGACUGAUUUAUGUGCUUUUAUUCUUGUGUCUUUGUUUUUAUUUGAUGCUCUUGCUCCGUUGCAUCGCACAUAGUUGUGCUUAAUUGAAGUAUUCAUGCUUAAAUAUUUUAAAAGACUUCUGGAAAUCUACUCUGUGUUCAUACAGGACUUACAGAUGAUCUUACUGUCUAACACUUCAUUCCUUUUCACUAAGCUUUUGUUUGUUUAUAAACCACUGUUAUUACAGGAAACACAUUUAGUUAUUACAACAUUAUUAGUAUUAGGAAAAUAAAAUUUUGUGUGAUUAA